CCCAAAAGCUCGUCUCCUCUGCCUUCCGCCAGUCUUGCGCCUUCCGUUCUCUCACCCUUCGCCGGCCUCCUCACUUCCGGUGGUCUCUGCGUUAUGAUGACGCAACUCAUCGGCCUGAGAUGGUAAAACUGAAGGAAAGCAAAAAAUUACGCUUGCCUUUUCCCCGCCGUGAUCUAGGAGGUUGAUGCCUUGCAAUUGCAUCGACGAAAAUGUCGAUCAAGGCUUUCGUGCAUCUCAAUAGGCGCAUCUAUCUCGUAGUCUCUCCCGUGUUUACAUUAACGAGAACCACAUCCGCCACCGUCAUCUCCUCCAGAAUUCCAGCGUCUUUCGCAGUGGAGGCUGUGCCGACGGCGCCUUAUACUACUGGAGUAGAAGGGCGUGUAGACUAUGACGGCGAUCGCAGCAACGAAAGUCGGUACCGGCAAGUAGCGGAGUCGGCGAAAAGGGUGUGCGAGAUAAUCAUUGCACGUCCAAGGUGGGAAAGCUCGCUUCUUUCCCAUUUCUCUCCCUCGGUGCUGUUCCACCCCACCUGCGUCUGCCAAGUCCUCCGGUUACUUUCCUCUAAAAAUCUCAUGCUCUCUCUUCGUUACCUUCUUUGGCUCUCCUCCCACCCUGAUGCUCCACCCGCUGACCCUGAGACCUCAGCCUCUCUCCUCUAUGCCCUUGCCGACAUGAGGGCGUGGAAGGCUGCGCUGCUCGCCAUUCGCACGAUGAAAUGCCAACCUGAUACACGUGCACUUGAAUCCUUCCUUCUCCGUCUCAUUGUCAAUGAACGUUGCGCAAGGGAUGUGAUGGUGGAGGCAAUUGCCCUUGUCAGCACCCAUCUUACACAUUAUUCUGUGCCCCUCUCCAUUUGGAACUCUUCCCUGUCUUCUUCCCUCCGGUCAAAGAGGACUGACCUUGUGUGGCGUUUAUAUGAGUUGAUGAUGCAGGCUGGAGUUUCAGGUGAUGCUUCCACUGCUGGCUACUUAAUCCAGGCUUUCUGCAUAGAGAAUAAGCUGGAUGAUGCCUACAGACUCCUACGGGAGGUAUCUAUGAAAGGUCUAAUACCUGAUGCGAUCUCAAUCACCAAAUUGAUCGCUGAGUUCAGCAAAGAUGGUAACUUUGGCAAGGUUUCCGAGCUCCUUCACCUGAUGAUAGCAGGUGGCUGCAUGCCUGACAUCUUUACUUAUCAGUCGAUUAUUCAGGGAUUGUGUGAGAAUGGGAAGGUGCAUGAUGGUUUCCGCAUUUUUAAUAAUCUCAAGUUGAGGGGAUAUGAUCCUGACCUGGUUACCUACACAACAAUGAUUGAUGGUUUAUGCAAGACGGGUAAGAUGGUUGUUGCAUGGAACCUGUGGUUAGAAAUGAUAGGGAAGGGACUCAAGCCAAAUGCUUAUGCAUAUAAUGUCAUCAUUAAUGGGUAUUGCAAAGCAAGAGAUCUCAGUAGGGCUCAGAAUUUGUAUCAUGAGAUGGGCUCAGCUGGGUUAAGUGAAAGCAUAAUGAGCUGUAAUACCAUGAUUGCCGGAUUGUGCAUGGAGGGGAGGAUGGAAGAAGCACUUAACAUGUCUGAGGAAAUGCCAAAUAAAGGAAUUGAACCUGAUGUCAUUACCUAUAACACACUGAUUCAAGGUUUCUGCAAUGAGGGGAAUACGACAGAAGCCAAGAAACUAUACAGGAAACUGUUUUCAAUGGGUCUGAAGCCCUCUGUUUCCACAUACACACCGUUGAUAUGGACUCUUUGCAACGAAGGCAAUGUGCUUGAUGCAGUGGAGCUGAUCAAAUGCAUGAAAGAAGAGAAUUUGGAGCCUUUAGUUUGCACAAAUGAUUUUGUCGUUGAUGGGUUCUGCAAGGUUGGCAAGGUUGAAGAAGCCAUGGCUUGGUUGGUAAAUAUGUUGGAGAAUAACCUCAAACCAAAGAAAGGGACAAUUAACAAACUUUUGGUGUGCCUUAGUAAGAAUCAUAUAGUGGAUGAUCCACUGUUGGUACUGAAUAAUUUGUUUAAAUUAGGUUACACUCUCGAUAUGUCUGUAUGCUAUUUACUGGUUGAUCGACUAUGCCGAGAUACACAGACACAAUCAACAUUGCAGCUUGAGGAAAUAUUGUUGAACAAAUAGAUAAUGAAUUUGGGAUGUUGCUGCCCCUAUCGAGGAUGAUGACGAUUCUCUAGAAUAGAUUUUUUCUCUAGGCCAUUGGGGUUGACAGAGUUACAGGUGGCAGAUUGCUAUUGUUUUUGGUGAAUAUGUGUUCGUUCAUUUAUAUCCAACGGCUAUUCAGGUUGAAACUUGUUGACAUAACAAGGUAGAUCGAUUGAACAACAAUAUGAUUAACACUGAUGCAAGGAGUCUACUGCCACACUUCUUUUGUAUGUCGCAAG